AACCCUAACCACAUAUUCCAAUUCACAAAGAGCUAGCUGCGAGAGAAAUGGAAGGUAUGGAUCAUGGUAAUCAUGACAUGGGUUCCAUGGCACCACCGCCAUCCAUGGACGGCACGACGAUGAUGCCUCGCCGGAAAAUGAUGAUGCACAUGACCUUCUUCUGGGGCACAGCCGCCGAGAUCCUCUUUUCCAAAUGGCCAGGCACCAACACCGGCAUGUAUUACGUGGCACUACUCUUCGUCUUCGCCCUCGCUGUCCUCGUCGAGUGGCUCUCCCAUUGUCGAAUCCUCAAGGCCGGCUCCGGACACGUGGCAGCCGGACUGGUGCAGACCCUGUUGCACUGUCUCAGGGUCGGGCUGGGUUAUAUGGUAAUGUUGGCUGUCAUGUCGUUUAAUGCUGGUGUGUUUUUGGUUGCUGUGGCUGGGCAUACUUUGGGGUUCUUCUUGUUUGGGAGUAGGGUUUUUAGGAAAUCUGUGGAGGAUGAGAAGAACUCUGAUCUUCCUCCAAUGAGUUGUUGAAUAUUGAUGAUUGAUUUAUGGAAUUAAUUAGGACAUUUUGAUUUUUAAUUUCAUUUUCCAUUUCAUUUUUCACUUGUAAGUUGUAACCCUACCUAUUCCAAU